CUGUCAAGCAAAGUAUAAAAAACCUGUGGUGCCCUGCAUGGUCACAGUGUCACUGAGACUCACCUGGGACACACUCAAGGAAGGAUACUGUCGUUGGAUUUGUGUUUGAGCUCUGAAGCAAAGGAUGGCACACGGGUUGGAUUUUACUGGCGGCAGUGUUCCCGAUAUGAUCUCAUUUUACUCCGGACAUUACUGGCCCGCUACGUGCAUGGAUAUGAACAACAACGACGAUUACGCACAGGACUCCAGCAGAGUGCACCCCGAUGCACCUCAAAGGACCCGCUCGGAGACCCAACGGCGCCGGAAGCGCACGACCUUCACCAAAGCGCAGCUGAGCCAGCUGGAGAGGGCCUUCUCUGUCACCCAGUACCCGGACAUUAAAAUGAAAGAAGCUCUUGCAUCCCUAACUGCACUACCAGAGUCCAAAAUUCAGGUUUGGUUUCAAAAUCGACGCGCUCGCUUCUUCAAGAGCAAGAAACCAGGCAGAGAAGCUCCCAAAACCUCCCCAGACCUCCACCAUGAGUUCACCUCCCCGGCACCAUCAAGCCCUCCACUGAGCUUUCACUUGGCUCCUUCUUUUACUCCCACUCCCAUACCAUCUCCGCCGGGCUACCCGGCUCCAAGUUUGCCUCAGUCCACCAGGCUCUCGUCCAUCCUGGACAGCCAGGCUGUACCUUCAUCCCCUGACCCCUAUACGUCCUGCUCCCCGCAUGGGCAUGCAGAAGUCCCCGGCGAUCUUUACUACCAAGCCCCGGACUUUGCCGAUUACUGCCAAGACGUUUUUCCACGACUCGGUGAGUGGGAUCUAACAGAGGACUUUGAAGCUUUCCUCGGAGAUGGACAGGAAUCCGAGCCAGUGGGCAGCCGCUGUGGAUCUGCGGGACAUGUUGAGUCAAAGGAGAGUGUCCAGAGUCAGCUGGACCACCAGGGCUUCUCCAGCACCGACGAGUCCAUGGAUGAUCUGUCUGACAUGUGCUUUCAGGAGCUGAUGGGCGACUUCAAUCUGUCGAACUUAGAAAUUUCUCCGGCUAUGAUUGAUUAUAUUUUGAGCUGACUAAAAGGACUGGAGUAGUAAAGUUAGACAACAUAUUUAAAGUCACAUUGUAACUAGCCACAGAAUAGUA